AUGGUGCACACACCUGUAAAGAAGGGACGCACCGUGGGCGGCGGCGAGUGGGCGUUGGUGUACACACCUGUGACGACGGGAGACGCCGGGGGGAAACAUAUUGUUUGUCGGAACGUGUCCGACACCGAAGGUGGACACGGGAGCCUCACCAACAUCGUGGGUGGAGACGGGAGCCUCACCAACAUCGUGGGUGGAGACGGGAGCCUCACCAACAUCGUGGGUGGACACGGGAGCCUCACCAACAUCGUGGGUGGACACGGGAGCCUCGCCAACAUCGUGGGUGGACACGGGAGCCUCACCAACAUCGUGGGUGGAGACGGGAGCCUCACCAACAUCGUGGGUGGAGACGGGAGCCUCACCAACAUCGUGGUGGACACGGGAGCCUCACCAACAUCGUGGGUGGACACGGGAGCCUCGCCAACUUCGUGGGUGGACACGGGAGCCUCGCCAACAUCGUGGGUGGAGACGGGAGCCUCACCAACAUCGUGGGUGGAGACGGGAGCCUCACCAACAUCGUCGGUGGACACGGGAGCCUCACCAACAUCGUGGGUGGAGACGGGAGCCUCACCAACAUCGUGGGUGGACACGAGAGCCUCACCACCAUCGUGGGUGGAGACGGGAGCCUCACCAACAUCGUGGGUGGACACGGGAGCCUCACCAACAUCGUGGGUGGACACGGGAGCCUCACCACCAUCGUGGGUGGAGACGGGAGCCUCACCAACAUCGUCGGUGGACACGGGAGCCUCACCAACAUCGUGGGUGGAGACGGGAGCCUCACCAACAUCGUGGGUGGAGACGGGAGCCUCACCAACAUCGUGGGUGGACACGGGAGCCUCACCACCAUCGUGGGUGGAGACGGGAGCCUCACCACCAUCGUGGGUGGAGACGGGAGCCUCACCAACAUCGUGGGUGGACACGGGAGCCUCACCAACAUCGUGGGUGGACACGGGAGCCUCACCAACCAGAACACAUGAAGCAGUCUUCAGAUAA